GCCCGGCAUAAAUACCUCGGAAGCAGCCUUUCUCAGAUCAUUUGCCACUGAAAAUUCGAACCCUACGUUAAAGAUACAAAUUCCGGAAUCUAUUACAAUUUCAUCAUAAACACCACUGAGGAAAAAAAAACAACCCCUUAGGACUAAUCCAAUCACAAACAAAUCUCAAAUGGCAUCUAAGGAAAACAUUGCGGACAACAUGGAGAAGUUCUCACUGAAGAGCCCAAGCAAGAAAAUUCUGACGGAGAGCGCCAACAACGUUCGCAAGAUGUCCAUUGGCCACGAGGCAAACGGCCAGUUGGUCAAGGAAUUCUCUACAGAGAACGGAGUAGGAAAAUCGGCCAAUUCCCUUACGGAAAAGUCGGUUACUCCUUUUGAUCCUUCUUUAGAGCCCCUCUUGCGCGAGAAUCCCCGACGCUUCGUCAUCUUUCCCAUCCAAUACCAUGAUAUCUGGCAGAUGUACAAGAAGGCUGAGGCCUCUUUCUGGACCGUGGAGGAGGUGGACCUGUCCAAGGACCUGACCGACUGGCACCGCUUGAAGGACGACGAGCGCCACUUUAUUUCGCACGUGUUGGCCUUCUUCGCAGCCUCCGAUGGCAUUGUCAAUGAGAAUCUGGUGGAGCGCUUCAGCCAGGAGGUGCAGAUCACAGAGGCCCGCUGCUUCUACGGCUUCCAGAUCGCCAUGGAGAACGUGCACUCGGAGAUGUACAGUGUGCUGAUCGACACAUACAUCCGCGAUCCGCACCAGCGAGAGUACCUGUUCAACGCCAUCGAAACGAUGCCGGCGGUGAAGCGCAAGGCUGACUGGGCCAUGUCCUGGAUCUCCUCCAAGUCAGCCAACUUCGGGGAGCGCAUCAUCGCCUUUGCCGCCGUGGAAGGCAUCUUCUUCAGCGGCAGCUUCGCCUCCAUUUUCUGGCUGAAGAAGCGAGGCCUGAUGCCGGGACUGACCUUCUCCAACGAGCUGAUCUCAAGGGACGAGGGUCUGCAUUGCGAUUUCGCAGUGCUGAUGUUCCAGCACCUUGUGCAGCGACCCAAGCGAGAGCGCAUCAUUGAAAUCAUUCGCGAUGCGGUGGCCAUUGAGCAGGAGUUCCUCACCGAUGCCCUGCCAGUGAACCUUAUCGGCAUGAAUUGCGAUCUGAUGUCGCAGUAUAUCGAGUUCGUGGCCGACCGUUUGCUGGUGGAGUUGGGCGUUGGAAAGAUCUACAACACCAAGAACCCCUUUAACUUCAUGGAGAUGAUUUCGCUGGACGGCAAGACAAACUUUUUCGAGAAGAAGGUUGGCGAAUACCAGCGCAUGGGAGUGGCCUCAAACCGCCUGGACAACGUCUUCACCCUGGACGCCGAUUUCUAGGGCUGGUCCCAGGUCAUUAUUGUCACAAUUUAAACAUCUUAUGGGCUGGCUACUCAUCCUUUACAAUUUAAUCUGACGGAGCUUACGUGUAGUCCCCGUUUUAAUAUAACCUAGGCUAAGCACAAUCACUGACUUUUAGCACAUUAAUUUUCAUUUUUCGGACCUCCUCCAAGCGCUAAAUCGCUGGAUAAUUUUGACGUACUAGGAGCGUACCUUUCUCGAAUUCAUUGUACAUAACACAUUUUCAAUAAAAUUAUACAUAGACAAGUAUUAAGCACAACAA